AAUUACCCCCGUUUCCCCCACCCCCUCCUCUCUCUCUCCUUUGCAGGAACGACUCUUUGGGAACCUGGUCCACCCAGGGAUGUAAAACUGUGCUUACCGAUGCAUCCCAUACGAAAUGCUUAUGUGAUCGUCUCUCUACCUUCGCCAUUUUGGCUCAGCAACCUAGAGAAAUAAUCAUGGAAUCAUCUGGUACACCCUCAGUGACCUUAAUAGUAGGCAGUGGUCUUUCCUGCUUGGCCUUGAUCACUCUAGCAGUUGUCUAUGCAGCAUUAUGGAGGUACAUCAGAUCUGAGAGGUCCAUAAUUCUAAUAAAUUUCUGCCUGUCAAUUAUCUCAUCAAAUAUCCUUAUCCUUGUUGGACAAACUCAGACACAUAACAAGGGCAUCUGCACCACAACCACCGCAUUUUUACACUUCUUCUUCUUAGCUUCAUUCUGUUGGGUUUUGACAGAAGCGUGGCAGUCAUAUAUGGCUGUUACUGGAAAAAUUAGGACACGACUCAUAAGGAAGCGUUUCCUGUGCCUUGGAUGGGGACUGCCAGCAUUAGUGGUUGCAAUAUCAAUAGGCUUUACCAAGACAAAAGGAUAUGGAACAGCUCACUACUGCUGGCUGUCUCUGGAAGGAGGGCUGCUUUAUGCUUUCGUUGGACCUGCAGCUGCCGUUGUCCUGGUCAAUAUGGUGAUUGGCAUUUUGGUAUUUAAUAAACUUGUUUCCAGAGAUGGAAUCCUAGAUAAAAAACUCAAACACAGAGCGGGUCAGAUGAGUGAGCCUCAUAGCGGUUUGACGCUCAAAUGUGCCAAGUGUGGAGUAGUUUCAACAACAGCUUUGUCAGCCACCACCGCCAGUAAUGCCAUGGCAUCCCUUUGGAGCUCCUGUGUGGUGUUGCCACUUCUAGCACUGACUUGGAUGUCUGCAGUUCUGGCCAUGACAGACAAAAGAUCAAUAUUAUUUCAGAUACUUUUUGCAGUAUUUGAUUCAUUACAAGGCUUUGUUAUUGUCAUGGUCCAUUGUAUUCUCCGAAGGGAGGUUCAAGAUGCAUUCAGAUGUCGGCUAAGAAAUUGCCAGGAUCCAAUCAAUGCAGAUUCUUCAAGUUCUUUUCCUAAUGGACAUGCUCAAAUCAUGACUGAUUUUGAGAAGGAUGUAGACAUUGCUUGUCGGUCAGUUCUGCAUAAAGACAUUGGACCUUGCAGAGCAGCCACUAUAACAGGAACACUUUCUAGAAUUUCACUAAAUGAUGAAGAGGAGGAAAAGGGACCAAACCCAGAAGGAAUGAGCUAUUCAACCUUGCCUGGAAACAUCAUCUCCAAAGUCAUCAUCCAGCAGCCCACAGGUCUCCACAUGCCUAUGAGUAUGAGUGAACUGGCCAAUCAGUGCUUGAAAAAAGACAACAGCGAGCUGCGGAGGACUGUGUAUUUAUGCACUGAUGAUAAUUUGAGAGGUGCAGAUAUGGACAUAGUCCAUCCUCAAGAGCGGAUGAUAGAGAGCGACUAUAUAGUCAUGCCCCGGGGCUCCGUAAAUACCCAGCCAUCCCUGAAAGAUGAAAGCAAAAUGAAUAUAGGCAUGGAUACCUUGCCUCAUGAAAGGCUGUUGCACUACAAAGUUAAUCCCGAGUUCAAUAUGAAUCCCUCUGUAAUGGACCAAUUUAACAUCAAUUUAGACCAGCAUCUUCCCACCCAAGAACAUAUGCAGAGUUUGCCGUUUGAGCCCCGCACAGCAGUGAAGAAUUUCAUUGCCUCAGAGCUGGAUGACAAUGCAGGAUUAUCAAGAAGUGAAACUGGAUCCACAAUAUCAAUGAGCUCUUUAGAGAGAAGAAAAUCACGUUAUUCGGACCUUGACUUUGAAAAGGUCAUGCAUACAAGAAAGAGGCAUAUGGAAUUGUUUCAAGAGUUAAAUCAGAAAUUUCAGACUCUGGACAGAUUUCGGGAUGUACCAAAAUCAGGCAGUAUGGAGAACUCAGGACCGAGCAAGGCUCCAUGGGACAGUUUCAAAACCACAGGUGACUACCAACACUAUACAACGAUAAAUGUAUUAGACACAGAGGCAAAAGAUGCUUUAGAACUCAGACCAGCAGAAUGGGAGAAGUGUCUGAACUUGCCUUUAGACGUGCAAGAAGGUGACUUUCAAACAGAAGUUUAACAAAAAUGAACUGAACAAAACAGAAACAAAGUAAAAAUUAUUCAUUGCACUGACAAUAAAAAGACUUUGGGAAUCCUGACGAUCCUGACACUCCUGUCUGAACAUUGCAACUCCUUUAUGUCAGGCUCUUCCUGUGCCAAAUGUCAGUGGUUUUUCGUACAGUAUAUUCCCACUAGUGCGGCUAGUGGAGAACCAGGUGUACAAUUCUUACCAUCGUGUGUUGUAAGUACCCGUGGAAUGGAUUUGUAAGGUAAUCUUUAUAGAUAAACCUCAAGCAACGAUUCAUGUUGUAACAGCUUCAUUUGGUUUAGUUUUCAAAAAACUUCACCAUGAAGCACAAUGUAUAUAUUUAUGCAGUUUUUAAAGUUUAUAACAGUCUGUUUGGCCAUUACUACACUUUUUACUUUAUAAUAUAAAAGCAAAGUUUUUGUCAUUAAAUGAAUGUCUGUUGAGCUACAUUCUUCAUUGCUUUAAAUGCAAUAAAGUAAUAAUCUCACUUUUAUAUGAAUAAUAUAUUUCACAUCUUUAUUAUUGCAGUUUUCUCUGGAAAGCUCAGAAUAGCUUUCUCUGCUGCAGCUGUGUAUAAAAUAUUUAAAAUGUUGUAUGGUGUAAAUAAACCUUUGUCUACAUAUCA